AUGUCGAUGCAGGCGGCAGCAGCUGCGGCCAGCAGACAGCCACCACCCCUUCCAGCAUCCAAAGACGACAUAGUGGGCACAUGGAACUACCUCGAGUGGGGUGUCGAGAAGAUCAUGUACAGCUUGAAGGACGGCGUUGACCUCAAGACGUACAUGUCGUUGUACACCAGCAUCCACAACUUCUGCACAGCGCAAAAGGCAGUCGGCACCGGACAAGCUCUCAACUCAACCCACCGUGGCGCACACCUACUCGGAGAAGACCUUUACCACCGGCUCAAUGGGUACCUUAAGAGCCAUCUGGAAAAAGUGCAUAAGGAGAUGAUCGAGCACCAAGAUGAGGCACUGCUCACUUUCUACAUCAAGGAGUGGAAGCGAUACACUCAGGCCGGCAUGUACAACAACCACCUUUUCCGAUAUCUGAACCGCCACUGGGUCAAGCGCGAGAUGGACGAGGGCAAGAAGGAUAUCUACGACAUCUACACUCUCCACCUGGUACGAUGGAAGGAGGACAUGUUUGGCUCAACACAGAAUGCUGUCAUGGAUGCCGUCUUGCGCCUCGUCGAGAAGCAGCGGAAUGGCGAGACCAUUGAGCAGAGCAAAGUCAAAGAGGUGGUCAACUCGUUCGUUUCCCUCGGUAUCGACGAAGCAGACAGUACCAAGACCACGCUCGAUGUCUACCGCCAGUACUUCGAGAAGCCGUACCUGGACGCGACCGCCGCAUACUACGACAGAGAAUCGCAGUCCUUCCUGGCCGAGAACUCCGUGGUUGACUAUAUGAAGAAGGCUGAGAAGAGACUGGAUGAGGAGAAGGAGCGUGUGCCACUAUACCUGCUGCCCGAGAUCAUGGUUCCGCUCAUGAAGACUUGCGAACAAUCGCUGAUCGCCAAGCAUGCACCUGUUCUCCGCGACGAGUUCCAGAUCUUGCUUGACAACGAUCGUGAAGAGGACAUGGCACGCAUGUAUAAGCUACUUGCACGCAUUCCAGAAGGUCUCGACCCGCUCCGGGCCAAGUUCGAGACCCAUGUGCGGACCGCCGGUCACCAGGCAGUUGAGAAGGUUGCGGACCAAGGCGAGAACCUCGACCCAAAGGCGUACAUCGAUGCACUUCUGGAGGUGCACACGCAGUAUGCUGCUCUCGUCCAGAAUGCCUUCACCGGGGAGUCCGAGUUUGUUCGCUCGCUUGACAAUGCCUGCAGAGAGUACGUCAACCGCAACAAGGCCUGCGCGAAGAACUCGAAUCGAUCACCUGAGCUACUGGCGAAGCACUCCGAUAACGUCCUCAAGCGGUCUACUAAGGCCACCGAAGAAGACGAUAUGGAGAAGAUGCUCGAUCACAUCAUGACCAUUUUCAAGUACAUCGAGGACAAGGACGUCUUUCAGAAGUUCUACUCGCGGCACUUGGCCAAGCGUUUGGUCAACGGCACCAGCGCUUCGGCUGAUGCUGAGACGUCCAUGAUCUCUAAACUCAAGGAUGCUUCAGGGUUCGAGUACACUAACAAAUUGCAGCGUAUGUACCAAGACAUCCAGACAUCGAGGGAUCUCAAUGCCGAGUACGAAGACUGGCGGAAUCAGAAUAUCGACAAGGAGGAUCGCAAGGACGAUGUCGAUGCCAACUACCAGGUCUUGGGUACCGGAUUCUGGCCGCUGCAACCUCCAAGUACACCAUUCGCACCACCGCUUGCCAUUGUCAAAACGUAUGAGCGCUUCGCAACGUUCUACAACAAGAAGCACGGUGGCCGCAAGCUUAGCUGGUUGUGGCAUCUGUGCAAGGGCGAGAUCCGUGCCAACUAUGUGAAGUUGAACAAGGUCCCAUACACCUUCCAGGUCUCGACUUACCAGAUGGCGAUCCUGCUCAUGUUCAACGAUUCCGAUACCGUCAGCUACGAUGAGUUCUCCGAGAUGACCUCCCUCGCCAAGGAGACACUUGACCCAUCCAUCGGCAUCAUGAUCAAGGCCAAGGUCUUGACAGCCAGCCCAGAGGGCGCAUCGCCACAGAGUGGCACAUCAUACUCGCUCAACCAUGGCUUCAAGAACAAGAAGCUGAAGGUCAAUCUCAACGUGGCCAUCAAGGCGGAGCAGAAGCAAGAGGCCGAGGACACGCACAAGACGAUUGAAGAGGACCGUAAGAUGCUGAUGCAGUCAGCUAUCGUGCGCAUCAUGAAGUCUCGCAAGCAGAUGAAGCACAACCAGCUCGUGUCGGAGACGAUCGGCCAGAUCAAGAGCCGCUUCAUGCCCAAGGUGGCCGACAUCAAGAAGUGCAUUGACAUCCUCCUGGAGAAGGAGUACCUCGAGCGUCUGGAUGCCGAUGAACUUGGCUAUCUUGCUUAA